AUGAGUUUUGAUGAAAAUGACCCGUUGUUAAAAGCACUCAAUGCCGAUGAAGGAUCAUCGUCAAACCAAUCCCCAAAUCGCAACGCUGAGGAUAAUUCUAACCAACAACGACAGGAGAAUCCUUCCUCUUCCUCUUCGUCGGCCUCAUCGGCGCAGCAGUCAGCACCGGUGGAUCCCGAGAGAGAACGAGCACUUCUGAAAUUCAAGGACAAGUUGCUUGAGCAUAGGAAAUGGGAUGCAAGGUUGAAAGAUUUGCGAUUGAGCAUACGAGAUUUGGAAAAGGAUUAUGACAAGACGGAAACUGACAUCAAGGCGUUGCAAUCGGUCGGACAAAUUAUUGGAGAGGUGUUGAAGCAAUUGGACGACGAAAGGUUCAUCGUCAAGGCAUCUAGUGGACCGCGUUAUAUUGUGGGCUGUCGUAAUACCAUCAAGAAGUCAAAUUUGAAAAAUGGAGUGCGUGUAUCUUUGGAUAUGACCACCUUGACCAUUAUGAGAAUAUUACCCAGAGAAGUUGACCCCUUGGUUUACAACAUGACCACUUUUGAGCCCGGGGAAAUAUCAUUCAAUGGUAUUGGUGGUUUAACAGACCAAGUUCGAGAAUUGAGAGAAGUGAUUGAAUUGCCGCUUAAAAACCCCGAGCUUUUCAUUAGAGUUGGCAUCAAGCCUCCAAAAGGUGUGUUGUUAUACGGUCCGCCAGGUACUGGAAAGACUUUGCUCGCCAAAGCAGUUGCCGCCACCAUUGGAGCAAACUUUAUCUUUUCUCCUGCCUCGGGUAUCGUUGACAAGUAUAUUGGAGAGAGUGCCCGGUUAAUUAGGGAGAUGUUUGCUUACGCCAAGGAACACGAACCAUGUAUUAUAUUUAUGGAUGAGGUCGAUGCAAUCGGUGGACGUAGGUUUAGUGAAGGUACCUCGGCCGAUCGAGAAAUACAACGUACAUUGAUGGAGUUGUUGAACCAAAUGGAUGGGUUUGACACUUUGGGCCAGACCAAGAUCAUCAUGGCUACAAACAGACCCGAUACUUUAGAUCCAGCACUCUUGAGAGCUGGUAGGUUGGAUCGGAAAAUAGAAAUACCUUUGCCUAACGAAGCGGGCAGAUUGGAGAUUUUUAAAAUCCACACGGCAAAGAUAUCGAAGCACGGCGAGUUUGAUUUUGAAGCUGCUGUCAAGAUGAGCGACGGGUUCAACGGUGCAGAUAUAAGAAAUGUUGUUACCGAGGCUGGCUUUUUCGCGAUCAGAGAUGAUCGAGAUUACAUUCUUCAAAACGAUAUAAUGAAAGCUGUACGUAAAGUGGCAGAUAACAAGAAAUUGGAAGGUAAACUCGACUACGAAAAGUUGUAG